AUUCCCAAGAAAACAACCACGGCACAACAGACACCCCUCCUCCCUUCCCCCUCUGGUAGGAAAGCACCCGGUUGCGGAGAAACGGACAAAAACGAAACCGAAAGUGAAAUCUGCUGACGUGAACACGUGAUCCGAAAAGUAAAAACAGGUCAAGCGGUAAACAAGACUGAAAGUGACGGAGGCUGAGCUCUAAGGAGGAUCGCUUCCAGCUGUAGGACUUUAAUGCCCUUGGAUUCGCCGGUAUUCAGGUGAAAAAUGCAGCUGAAGAUCCAAAAAAACAUCGUUGAAUUCAUUAAAGGGUUAAGAGAGACAACCUACAGUUUCUGCCUCUUGUACCUGAGUCAUUUCUCCCUUGCCAUUGGUUAUAAUGCUUUGCUGUUAUAUGCCCUUGUCUGGGAAGCUGGGGAUAUAGUCAACCUUCCCACCAAAAGAAUUGGCUUCUACAAUUUCUGUUUGUGGAAUGAGAAAGGAGAACUGGAUUGCCUUAUGACUGAAGAAAUAGCGAAGUUGGGAAUCAGCAAGGUUGCACUGGUGCUAUCAAGACUCUGUGUAUACAUCAGCCCAGUUUUGUGUCUCUUUGGUGCCAAUACAAUCAUGCAGCAGGCCCUGUGUUUCAAAGACAGAGAUGGGUGGAAAUUGGCUCAGAUUUUUCUGUCUGUUAGCAGUGUGAGUUUGCCUGUUGGUCUCGUUUUGUUUAUCUUUCCCAGUCAGAAAUGGAUUCAAGUCUCAGAACUCAGUGUGGGAUUUGCCGCCCUAUUUGGAGCUUACGUUUUACUUCUCCUCCACCUGCUCAUAAUUACCCUCUACCUUGCAAAAUACAAAGACACUCUUCAUAAGAGACCUCUCACUGCUGUCUAGAGCCUCCCAUGAGUUUUUGUUCAAUUGACACACUGAACUGCAAAAUAGACUACAAGAAUUUGUCAUGCAACACUAUCCUCUGUUUAUUUAUGGUUCAGUGAACUGAGUGUGAACCCAGAAAAUCUUAGUUGGAUAUGAAAUAAUUUGUGUGACAAAUGUGAGGCAGCAUCUGAAUGUAACACACACUGUAGUGAGUUGAGUGGCGGAACCAGUGCAAAAACACCUUCCAAGGACUGAAUAAAUUGAAUUCAGAGAAUGCUUUCCAACAUAAGUGAAUUGGAAGGGAGGUAACACUCUUAACACAUACACUUAAUGCAUAGCUUCUCCUAUUUCAAAGGCUGGAAGAUCAACUAAAGGUCUCUCAAGAGGAACCACACUUAGAUUUAAGAAUGUACUAAGUUUGAGGAAAGGAUUAAGGUAAAAAGCAGUAAAGCAUUGAAGCACCAUAAAAUCCUCCCACAAACUGUUUUAGUCUCUUCUAUUUUUGGAGCACUGUCCUUGCCAUACGAAGCAUGGUAUGGCCUGUAAACAGAGAGGGAGAGGAGGAGGAGAGAGAUAGAGAGAAGGAGGGAAAGAGAAAGAGAGAAUUUCCAUUGCUGAAAAGGAUUUAGUUGAAUCCUAGCACAUAAUAGAACACUUAUUCAGUCUCCACAAGUAUUAUACGUAUAUCUCUCUUAAUAUUUGGUUAUUGUGAAAAUAAUAUUUGGUUAUUGUGCAAAUAAUAUUUGGUUAUGUGCAAAUAAAAUGGUGGUAAGAUUAUCUACAUACCAAUGUAUUGCAGUUAAGCCUUAAAUGGGAAGUUUUUCUUUCCCCAGGGUUCUAAUUGUAUGUGAACGAUGCCAUGACCUUUUAAUUAAAACUGAAUUAUUUGUAUUUUUAUAUUACUAUAUGGUAACUCCAUCUUUCUGUCAAGCGACUUUCUGAUAAAA